AUGUGGUCAAAGGCUUUCACUCUGUGUACUGCUGCAAUUCAGCUUCACUCAGCAGCUGCGAAAACCUCUCUUGCAAUUGAUACAACCGUUGGACGGCUGCAUGGCAUGAUCAAUGGCUCUGCCCCGGAUGUCGCUCAGUUUCUUGGAGUGCCCUUUGCAGCCCCUCCGGUGAACGAACUACGAUUUGCGCCUCCUCAGACCAAGCCUGCAGAGGCGAUCAUCGACGCUACCAAAAUCGGUCCAUCUUGCCCGCAGUAUCCAUUGACUACAACGACAGACCCGUCCGUGUACACCUUUGACUCUCCCUGGCUGCAGCCAUAUGGAACAACGUCAGAGGACUGCCUAACGCUCAAUGUUUGGACGCCAUUGCAUGCCGUGGAUAAGCCGUUGCCAGUUUUGAUCUGGAUGUUUGGUGGCGGCUUUUACGAGGGUGGGCUACUGACGAAUGGCUUUGAUCCGAGUAAUUGGAUUCAACAGACCCAAUCUCAUAUCGUCGUAGCUAUCAAUUACCGUGUCAAUAUUUUCGGCUUCCCCAACUCUGCCGGACUGGCUGAGAUCAAUCGGAACCUGAAUCUUGGACUCCUGGAUCAAAGGUUUGCUGUUGAAUGGGUCCGAGAUAACAUCGCUGCCUUUGGCGGGGACCCUGCCAAGAUGACGCUCUGGGGGCAGAGCUCUGGAGCAGCCAGCACGGACUAUUACAACUAUGCCUGGCCUGAUGACCCCAUAGUUUCUGGCUUGAUUAUGCACUCGGGGAGUGUGUUCGCCACCGGUGCCAGCGUGGAUGUGGACCAUACGAACUUUACAUUCGUCGCUGAGCACAUGGGCUGCGGCAAUCUACAACCUCGCGAAGAACUGACUUGCAUGAGAAACGUCAGUGCGGAUGAUAUCAUUCAAUUCUACGAGAACUACACUCUAUAUUCCACUGACCCUACCCUAAAAUUCACGACCAUUGUGGACAAUGUCACCAAAUUCGAUGAUUACACUGCCCGGGCUUUUGCUGGAAAUUAUUCCAAAUUGCCUGCUAUAUUUGGCACCAACGCCAAUGAGGAAGCAUCACUAGUUGCCUGGGCUGGUCCUGAUGGACCGAAUAUGACCUACGUCCACGAGGAGACUGUGAUCACGCAUCUUUGUCCGGCAAACUAUAACGGCCAUCUUCGCUACAAUACUUCGUCUCUGUCAUUCCGCUACUUCAACACUGCGAACUUUAGCAACAUCUCUCCUCGGCCUUGGGAAGGAGCCUACCACAGCUCCGAGCUUCCAUUGCUAUUUGGCACAUACUCGCAGUACGGCGGUCCUGCCACGGCGUUUGAGACUGCCGUAGCAUCCUACUGGCAGGAUCUGUAUCUUGCAUUUAUGCGGGACCCGGUGAAUGGGCUACCGGGAAUGGGGUGGCCUGCCUAUCACCCCGAUGGAUACGCGAUGGUGUUUGCGGUCAAUGGGACCGUCUCGAGUCUCUUGCCGAUGGAGUCGCUGGAAACCCAAUGCGCGGGUAUUCCUGAACCAACAAUCUAA